AUGCCAAGAUUACCUAAAUUACCUAAAUUCAAUCGGAAUCCGAAAUUUGAUGUCGAUUUACAUUCAUCAAUUGGGUUCAUUGAUUUACAAAGAUUAGAAUACACCACUAAAACUUUACAAAAAAAUAUUAGACUCAUCAUUAAUGAUGCCCCCAAUUUAUAUCAAUUACGUCAAAUUUUAAAUUCAAACAAGAUUGAUACUGGAACUAAAGUUGAAUUAGAAUCAAAUAAAUAUAUCAAUUUAUCUGCAGAAUUGAAAAGUAAAUAUGAAGUGGGGAAAUUAUCAAUCUUUGAUCAAAUUCAAAAUGGUUCAGCUCCCGUUAGUGAUGAAGAAUUUGCAUUAUUAAAUGAUCAACAUUCAGAAUUGGUUGAUAUUAAACCACCUGUUGAAUUAUUGGAUGCCAAUACUGAAUCCAAUAAUACUCCGAUUGAACAUGACAAUGAUGAAGAAGAUGAUUAUGAUAUGGAUAAUAUCCCUCCUUUACCUCAGAUUAAUGAUCCUCAUUUAUUAGCCAGAGUUUUCAUUCAUAAAUCAACUGUUAAUAGUAAAUCAUACUUGGAUCCGACUGAAUUAAUCAAUUCUCAUAAUGAAAGAUUGGAAUUUCUUGGUGAUUCAGUCUUGAAUAAUUUAGUCACCUUGAUGAUUUAUCAAAGAUUCCCAAGUGCAACCGAAGGAGAAUUAACCAUCUUAAGAUCUCAUUUAAUCGAUAAUAGAACUCUUGCUCAAUUUUCAUUUCUAUAUAAUUUUGAUAAGAAAUUAAGAGCAAAUAUAGGUGAAGAUGUACUUAAAAGUGGAGAUCAAAAGAUUUAUGCUGAUAUUUUUGAAGCUUAUGUUGGUGCAUUAAGUAUGGAAAGAUCAAAUUUAACUGAAAUUCAAGAAUGGUUGAAACAAUUGUAUGAAUCGAGAAUUCGAAAAUAUGAAGCGGAACAAGUUAAUGUUGAAUCUAUUAAUAAAGAAGCUAAAUCAGAAUUAUACUCCGUAGUGGGUACUGCUCAAUUACAUCCGGAAUAUAUCGUGGUGGCAGAAGGAAAUGGAUCAAUUAAAGAUUUUGAAGUUCAAUGUAAAAUGGGUGAUGAAGUGUUGGGAACUGGUAGAGCUCCUUCUCAAAAAGAUGCUGGUUUAAGAGCCGCCAUGUCUGCUCUUAAAAAUAGACCUAUUUUAGAAAAAUAUUUCCGCUUAAGAAUGGCGUCUGAUAGAAAGGAAACAGUUAAAGCGCCCGUUAAAAAAGCAAGUAAGAAAAGUACAACCACUUCAGAAGGUGAAGAACGUAAAGUUCCAAGAUCCCCUAUUAGAACAGGCAUUUUCCCCUUGAAAGCAAAUGAUGAAGAUCCUUUAGAUACAGAUGCUAGAAAUACCUUAUAUGCUGAAAUUGGGAAAAGAAUUGGUGAAGUUCCACAAUAUAUAGUUACUAAAACCGCUACUGAUAUUUUAAUCGUUUCGCUUUCCAUUAGAGGUUUAGUGGUGGUUACUGCUACUGAUAAAUCUAAAAAGAAAGCCAUGACAAGAGCAGCUAUGACUCUAUUAAAUGAUUCAACUGCUUUAAAUGAAAUUUGUAAGGAUUCCUUCAUAUGA